UUCUUAGAUUUCGGGUCGUGACCUACUCGUUGAUUUUCAUCUUUCUUAGAAUCGAUCUGAGUGAAUUUAGGCCGUGCAAUCUUGAUAUGGUAUCGUUUCUUGAGAAGUUUGUUCUUGAUUGGGAGUCAUCCAUAGUUGCUGCCAUUUUUUGCAGUUUUCCAGUCAGUAUGAGUUGCGAGUGUUUCCGAUUUGUAAGGAGCUGAGGUGUCCAGUCCCUAUAUCUUAAUUCUAUACAAGACACAGACUGAACAGUUCCCGCUUUUAAACUUUUUUUUACGUUCUAAACUAUAAGCAAGUGCUCGUUGCUGAGAGAUCUGAAUUUCAACAGUUCGUCCAUUGAAGACCUCGCGAGAGUAGACUAUCAUGAAGAAGCUGAGUGAUAACUGUUUACUGCACAUCUUUAACUACUUAGGACUUCUUGACAAAAUUUCCGUGGCCUGUGUUUCCCAUCGUUUCGCUGGUGUCAUUUAUCAACUGAUUGGAAAAGAAGUUGUUGAUCUUUCAAGGAUGGAAGAACGCACCCCUCGAGCGGAUUUAACUCAGUUUCUCUCCAUUUUGGGGAAGUUUAUAAGGCGUGUUAAAAUACAUCCCAACUAUAGUUCCCACCCUCCAUUUCCCCAUUAUUGCUUCUCUACUUUUGUGAAACAUUGUUCUUCCUCUAACCUGGAGGAGGUAGACAUCUCGUGGGGAUGUGAUCGCUUUGAAUGCGGAAUGUUGGAUUCAUUCUUGGAAAACUGUACGAAAUUACGUGUUGCUACACUGAGAUGGUUUCGUCCAAACGAAGAGAGGCAAUUCAGGCCACUUCACGGCGUACGGUCCUUGUAUAUCAAUGGGAGUCCCAUCAGUGGACUGUGUUUACUGGGUGCCCGCAAUCUUGUUGAUUUGAGCUUACCCUUCUGCUCCCAAAUCGAUCCGAAAUAUGCUAAAUGCAUUCUGGAAAACAAUAAAAAGUUGAAAAGGCUCAAUAUACGAAGCUGUGAUUCGUUAACAAGCAUUACUAUUGGCCAGGCACUGGGGAAACAUCAGAAUAUUGAACGGAUAUCGGUUGAUAUAAGGUUCUUCGAAUUUCCCAUUGUGUUACCUGAACUCCCCCAUUUGAAGCAAAUCGCAAUUUUCAACGACGAUUCUUUUCAGUCUCAACACAAUCCGGUCAUAAUUGAUUAUCUUUACAAAAAUCUUUUGAAGCAAUUAUGCCACAACCAUUCACGUGCUCUGGAAUCGUUGGAACUCCAUUCCUGGGAUUUGUCGUUCAUGACAGAUUGGCCUCCUUUCCAAAGUUUGACCAACCUAAAAUUGAUCAAUGCCAGAUACCUAACUGAUGGUCUUCUGAAAAAAAUAAGCGAAACCUGCAGUCUUUUGGAGAGAGCAGAUUUGAGGGAAUCUGUGAACCAUGUAACUGAUGAGGGCUUACUAGAUUUUGUCAGGGCUUCAACAAAUCUGAGUUAUCUAAACCUCGGAUGUAAUGCGCGGUACAGUCAGAAGUUUAUCUUCAAAAUUGGUGAGGUCAGACGUUAUAUGGGCAUUACAGAUCCACUGACCAUCGUAUACAAUAGGUGGAUGUUCCUCCAGGAGAGGUUAACUCAACAUGAUGACCCGACAAAGUUACUAAGGUUGAUCUCGUCUCCACGUCCAAACUAUUUGAACUGUUGAAAGCAGUGUUGCUAUUGUAUAAUUUUUACAAAUAAUAAACACAAAUAUACUUCUUGACGCGUUUCUAAUAUCGUCUGGUUACGGAAAAAAUCGU